UGUGAAGCCAAUCAUAUUUCCUAGAUUCACGUUAAAACAAUCUAUUUCGACUCAAAAUGAAAACGAUAUUCUGCCUGCUUGCUCUGAUUGUGAUCAGCACCGCAAGUACGAUUCAGAUGCCACCGAGCGACCCGCAGCGAGUAGCAGUCCCACAACCACAUCGGGUGCUGUUCCGAGCAGCACGUGCUGUCGAGAUGCCUGAAUCUGCGAAGGAAUCAUCUUCGGAGCAGAAGGUUGCCGAGAGCGAUACCGAUGAUAUGGAGAAUGCCGAAACCGUUGGAUUUGGAUUCCAUAAACACAUUCAUGUCAGUCCAUCGUACGGUGGCUACUAUGGUGGAUACCAGCCUUACGGGUACAAUUACGGAUAUAACUAUCCGUAUGCGUACAACUAUGGAUAUUACCGUCCGUAUUAUUACUAA